AAGAGUUCUUAAACUACAAAGAUGUUUGCCAGAAUGUCUGAUCUCCAUGUUCUGCUGUUAAUGGUUCUGGCGGGAAAGACAGCCUUUGGGUUCUCCCUGCUGUCUUUUCUCACAGACCCGGACCCAGAUUGGACUCCUGACCAGUAUGAGUACAGUCAAGAGGAUUAUAACCAGCAAGAGAAUGCCAGCUCUACCCCUGCCUAUUCUGAUAACCCUGACUGGUACUACGAAGAGGAUGACCCAUGCCUGUCCAACCCCUGUACGCGUGGUGGGGACUGCCUCAUCAGUGGGACCACCUUCACAUGCCACUGUCGGGACCCUUUCUCUGGAAACAGGUGUCAGAAUGUGCAAAACAAGUGCAAAAACAACCCAUGUGGCCGGGGAGACUGUCUCAUUACUCAGAGUCCUCCUUACCACCGCUGUGCCUGCAAACAUCCUUACAGGGGUUCAGACUGCUCCAGAGUGGUUCCCGUGUGCAGGCCAAAUCCCUGCCAGAACGGUGGCACCUGCUCCCGGCAGAGGCGGAGGUCCAAGUUCACCUGUGCCUGUCCUGACCAGUUCAAGGGGAAACUCUGUGAAAUAGGUCCUGAUGACUGCUAUGUUGGCGAUGGCUACUCUUACCGAGGGAAAGCGAGUAAGACAGUCAACCAGCAUUCGUGCCUUUACUGGAACUCCCACCUCCUCCUGCAGGAGAAUUACAACAUGUUUAUGGAGGAUGCUGAGGCCCAUGGGAUUGGGGAGCACAACUUCUGCAGAAACCCAGAUGGAGACAAAAAGCCCUGGUGUUUCUUUAAAGUAGACAAUGCAAAGGUGAAAUGGGAGUACUGUGAUGUCUCCGCCUGCUCUGCCCUAGACGUUGCCAACCCAGAAGGAAGACCCGCGGAGCCCUUGACCAAGUUUCCUGAGUUUGGGUCCUGUGGGAGGACUGAGAUAGCAGAGAGGAAGGUCAAGAGGAUCUUUGGAGGCUUUAAGAGCACAGCGGGCAAGCACCCGUGGCAGGCGUCCCUGCAGACCUCGCUACAACUGACCGUCUCCAUGCCCCAGGGCCACUACUGUGGGGGGGCGCUGAUCCACCCGUGCUGGGUGCUGACUGCCGCCCACUGCACUGAGAUAAAAACCAAAUAUCUAAGAGUGGUGCUUGGAGACCAGGACCUGAAGAAGACGGAAUUCCAUGAGCAGAGUUUUGGGGUGCAGAAGAUAUUCAAGUACAGUCACUAUAUUGAAAUAGAUGACAUUCCCUACAAUGAUAUUGCCUUGCUCAAGCUAAAGCCAGUGGAUGGUCAUUGUGCCCUGGAAUCCAAAUAUGUGAAAACUGUCUGUUUGCCCGAAGGUCCCUUUCCCUCUGGGACUGAGUGCCACAUCUCUGGCUGGGGUGUCACAGAAACAGGAGAAGGGUCCCGCCAGCUCCUGGAUGCCAAGGUCAAGCUGAUCAGCAACGCGAUGUGCAACUCCCGCCACCUCUAUGACCAUUCGAUCGACGACAGCAUGAUUUGUGCAGGAAACCUCCAGAAGCCGGGACAAGACUCCUGCCAGGGCGACUCUGGAGGCCCUCUGACCUGUGAGAAGGACGGCACCGCCUACAUCUAUGGGAUCGUGAGCUGGGGCCUGGAGUGUGGGAAGAAGCCAGGGGUCUACACCCAAGUGACCAAAUUCCUAACGUGGAUCAAAGCCACCAUGGAGAAGGAGGCUAGCUUCUGAGGUGUCUUCUGAGGCUCACAGCCCGUUCUGUGAACACCCAGACGAGG